CUUCUGGGCCAACUGCCUUAUGUGGGGCAAUGGCUUCCCUAGUGCUGGAGACUUUGGACAACCCACCUCAACCUCCAGGUGAUGGAGGGUCCAUGGCUCGUUCUAUCUCACUACAACAGGGAACACCCCUUCUCAUAGCAGGAAAUAUUCCUAAACCUGCCAUAGGAGUAGGGUGUAGCUCACAAGACUUCCUCCUUCCUCCUCCACUGCCAACGAUCCCACCGCUGCCAUCCCCCAUCUUCAACCAGGCAGGUCCACCCACCAACCCAACCAGGGUUGUCUACACCUUGCCAGGCCCCACAGCUCCCUCUUCGCCUCCGAGGUUGGUCCAGACUGUUCCGGGAUCCUUCCCCGACAUUUACGACGGAGACAUGAAGAAGUGGGAAGAGCACUUCCACAGCAUUCAGAGAGCCUACAAAGAAUUUGGCAAAGAGGAUGACUUUGCCAUCCGAGUGCUGACGGAGGACUUCACCCUCCCUUUCCCAUUUGCCUGGCCCAACGAGGGUGAAGUGGAUCGGCAGCCAGCCUUCGAUCCCGCCGACUGCGCUGGUUUUGACUUCUUCCUCCAUCCAGGGCAACCGCUACCCCGUAUCCUUCAACCCCUGCAUGCCACCACCCAAGCUUUCUUCAAAAAGAGACGGCUGGAGCAGCUGGCACUCAGUUAUGCCAACAAAGCAUCUCUGGCCAAUGCUUCGGGUCUGCCAUCGCCCCAAGAGACUGGUCCUGCCUUCAGGCCAGACAUCAUGGUUCUCACAACCAUGCCGUGCGUGGCAACCACAACAACCAAUGAGCCACAGUUUCUCCUGCAGGAAGGCAAAGGCCCCCGGAAUAUCCAGCCGGCCCCUACAGUGAUCCCAAAUUUGGCUCCAAGAGGACCAAUUAACCUUCAGUUUAUGAGUCCCACCCACCAUGGGCCAUUUUAGCUCCCCUUGGAAUAUUUUGGAUAUACUCUCAAAGCAUUUUUUUAAAGAAAGUGAAUAAAGCUUUUUUACAACUCUUCCA